GUGAAGUGUUUGAUGAGCAUCAAGGAAAACCUCAAGGAACGAUUCUGAAGAAGAUGGAUUCAAUUGAAUCGGUGGUAGCUCAAAUACAGGGCCUCUCUUCAAAUUCCCAAGACAUCGCUCAGCUUCACAGCUUCCUCAAACAGUCCGAUGAGUUUCUUCGCGCUGAGUCGACUCGCUUGGCUCCUGUGCUCGUUCAACUCGAUCUUGUUAAACACUCCUUGGGCUACCUUUACGUCCUUGAUGCAUGCAUGUGUGCUCCAAUUCCGAAAGAGCAAUCUCAUGAACUAGUUUCUACAGUGGCAACAUUUAUAAAUGGAUGUGCUGCAGAUCAAAUUCGCUUGGCACCUGAGAAGUUCAUUUCUAUUUGUAAAAGAUUCAAGGAGCAAGUUAUACUGCUUGAAGCACCUAUACGAGGUGUGGCUCCUAUGCUGACUGCCAUUCAGAAACUACAGCUGUCAACUGAACAACUAACAACCUUACAUCCUGACUUUCUUCUUUUAUGUUUGCUCACAAAGUGUUAUAAGAUUGGUUUUUCCAUUUUGGGGGAUGACAUAUUUGAGAUUGAUCAGCCUAAGGAUUUCUUUCUGUAUUGCUACUAUGGGGGGAUGAUUUGCAUUGGACAGAAGCAAUUUCGUAAAGCUUUGGAGCUUUUGCAAAAUGUUGUUACAGCACCUAUGUCCACUUUAAAUGCUAUUGCUGUUGAAGCAUACAAGAAGUACAUACUGGUUUCACUCAUUCACCUUGGGCAGUUCUCUACCAGUUUUCCAAAGUACACAUCUUCUGUGGCUCAAAGGAACCUAAAGAACUACUCUCAGGCAUACUUGGAGUUGGCAAAUAGUUAUAGCACUGGGAAAAUUUCUGAACUUGAGACAUGUGUACAGACACACAAGGACAAGUAUCAAAGUGACAAUAACCUUGGAAUUGUCCAGCAAGUUGUGUCAUCCAUGUAUAAACGCAAUAUUCAGAGAUUGACUCAAACAUACCUCACCCUUUCCCUCCAAGACAUUGCUAUCACGGUCCAACUAAGUAGUCCGAAGGAGGCUGAAAUGCACGUGCUUCAAAUGAUCGAAGAUGGUGAGAUUUAUGCAAAUAUCAACCAGAAGGAUGGAAUGGUUAGAUUUCUGGAGGAUCCUGAGCAAUACAAGACUUGUGAAAUGAUUGAACAUAUAGAUUCAUCAAUACAGAGAAUAAUGAUGUUGUCAAAGAAACUGAAUGAUAUGGAUGAACGCAUGUCAUAUGACCCUUCUUACCUUGCAAAGGUUGGCAAAGAGAAACAGAGAUUUGAUUUUGAUGAUUUUGAAGGAGUUGCCCCAAAGUUUAAUUUAUGAGGUUCCACAAUCUUGCAUUUCUCUUGUAGAAUAUGUGAAAUAUGUUCAUAAAUCGCAUAGGUAAAAUUUUGUUUCAUUAAACUCUGCUUUGGUUAUAUACUAUUAACAGUUGCCACCGUUUUUGCCUGUCACAUUGUGUCUGUCAACUUUUAAGCAUUUUGAUUUGGUCGGACCAUCUAGACUCUGUGCGGCAGGGUUAAUUUUAAAGUUAAUAGCUGAUUUUAGCUUUUAAAUAA